AUGAGCAAGUGGUCUGAUAUCGUGUUCUGGGACAGCACGUACAGGCUCCUAAACAACAAUUUUGUGUUAUCCUUAUUCCACGUAGAAGACUCGAAUGGCUUCACUAGAACCGUCGGAGUAGGCCUGCUAGCCAACGAAGAGGCGGAAACUUUCAAAUGGCUUCUAACAUGUUUUCGUGAAGCCAACCCUGAAGCUUGUCUGAAAAUUAGGUCCAUUAUGACCGACAAGGAUCCUUCUGAGAGAGCAGCCUUGAGGGAAAUUUUUCCAGAAGUUAACCUCCUGAUUUGCAGUUUUCACGUCCAACAAAUUUUCCAUCGACAAAUAACUGUUGGAAAAAGGGGGGUAACGAGCGAGGAAAAAGAUGACCUCCUUUUAAUUUUGCGAAAACUAGUGUACAGCGAAUCGGAGGAAGAUUACGAUGAAACGUACACUGAAUUUUGUGAAGUUGCUCCAGAAGAAGUGAUCGAUUAUUAUAACACCAACUGGCAUUCGAUAAAAGACGAGUGGGUCCUGUAUCGUAUGAAUGCUCACGGAAAUUUGAAUAAUAAUACAAAUAAUAGAGCAGAAUCGACACAUGCCAAGGGUAAACAAAUAGUUCCACUACACAGCAGUCUGGUAGAGUUCGGCAAAAACAUUUUUGUUUUCUUUCGGGCACAAGCGCGUCAAAUCAAGAUCAAAAGCGGAAAACUGAUGACUACAAAAUCAGCAGAAGCUUUUACAACCGCAGAUGAAAAAAACUAUUGUGAGUUGUUAACUCCAAAAGCCUUUGCCGAAUUGCAACCAGAACUGCUGGAGUACCCUGACGUUCAAAUCAUGAGUAGCAAUGUCGCUCAAAAAGAGUGUUCUUUCGAAUUAAACGGAAGGACAAUCACGAGUUCUUUAACUAAAUGCAAAUGUCUGAAAAAUCGUUCAAUGUUUCUGCCUUGCAAACAUGUAUUUGCUACUCGUGAUUUCUUCGAGCAACCACUUUUUGAUAAAACGUUGUGUGCAGAAAGAUGGUUGAGAGGGUAUAGUGUACAAUGCGAUACUGAAAUUUCCAAACUCACACACUUCCCUAAUUGUAGCCAAUCCUCAAACGGUAGCGUCACACAAAUUAGGCAGUCGAACGAACAUGUCACACUGGAAAAACUUGCAAAGAAGUAUGACACUUCGUUCAACUUGCUGGCUCACGUAGGCAGCUUGUCUGCGAAUCAAAACUUGCAGAACAAGAGUGACUGUUUGCAUGAUGUGAUGGAUUUGUGGGCGAAAGGGAAAAAUGUGCGACUUUCAAAAAUAACAAACAAUGAAUUGAAUGUUAUUCAAUGUACAUUGAAGUUGAAGUCGACAAAUGACAAAAGGCGUCAUCUUUUUUGUAUGAAAAAAACUCCUCGAGAAAUUCAGUUGUCAGAGAAAAAAAUCAAAAUACUAAAUCGACUGCUCUCACUGUGGAAGAAGAAUGUUCCAGUUAUUGCUAAAGAGUCAGAUGGCGAUUGUAGUUUAAAUGAUAGUGCGACCUUGAAUACUAGCGAGAUUAACGUACCGGAACCAACUUUGAUCAAAGGACGACCGAGACAAGCGUUCGAUACGUACAUUAAGUAUAAGACAUUGUAUUUAUUAUCCAAAUUCUUUAAACAACUUAUUCCUAUUCCAAGUAAACGUGAUGUAAAAAGAAAUUUGCCAUCCUCUUUCAAAACAAACAAGGAGUACUCAAAUGUGUUUUGCAUAAUCGAUUGUUUUGAAAUAGAGAUAGAAAAACCAUCUAAUCCUAUAAAUCAGUCCCUAACAUGGUCACAGUACAAAAAUGCUAAUACACUUAAGUACCUGAUAGCUUCAACUCCCGAUGGUUUCAUUAACUUUGUAUCUGCUGGAUAUGGUGGUCGUAUAUCUGAUACUAAUAUAGUAGAAAGCUGUGGUUUCCUAGACAUACUCCCACUUAACUGUACUGUAUUGGCAGACAGAGGCUUUAAACAUAUAGAUACCAUAUUAAGCAGGAAACAAAUUAAACUUCUUCGGCCACCCAGUGCGUCAAAGGAUAUGAAACUAUCAAAAGUAAAGUCAUCGCUAGUCUACGGAUAUAUGUGGAAAGGUGUCAAGUUCCCGAUCCGAACUCAACCCAAGGUCACAGCAUUUACCAUUCUAAACCGGAAAAAUCCCGGUAUCCUGAAUCACGAAGAGAGUCCAUUGUGCAGCAAGCGGUAUCUAGCUGUUGAGGCAUACACGCCUGACGCAGCUCUGUAUCUGGAUACAGAUACACCGACC